ACAACCAACCUUAGCUACGCGGGGUUUUGAUUUUGUUUGUUGUUCGUGACCUAUGGAAGAUCCAUCAUUACAAAUCCAUUUUAAAGGACACAAAGACUCCAUCACAUGUGUCGACUUCAACCCAACUGGAAAGCAGCUAGCUUCUUGCUCUAUGGAUGCAUGUUUAAUGAUUUGGAACAUUAAGCCACAGACGCGAGCAUAUAAGUUUAGUAGCCACAAAGACGCUAUAUUCUGCGUUCGAUUCUCACCGACUGGUGAACUUAUAGUAACUGCUUCUAGGGAUAAGACAGUAAAAUUAUGGAUUCCGAGCAUGUAAAAUAAGACGUUUUAAAGUAAUAGAAUUUAGAAAAGGAGAGUCCAUUACCUUUCGCGCCCAUACUGCAGCAGUUCGGUGGGUUGAUGUGUCCGCUGAUGACUCAAGGAUGUGUACAGCUUCAUCAGACAAGUCGGUAAAAGUUUGGAGUUUACAUAGACAAAAGUUCUUGUUCUCUUUAAACCAACAUGUGAAUUGGGUGAGGUGCUGUCGUUUUUCACCUGACUCACGCCUUAUCAUAUCUUCAUCAGAUGAUAAAACUAUUAAGUUAUGGGACACUGAAACGCAAGGUUGUGUACAUACCUUCCAAGAAGCUGGUGGCUUUGCUUCACAUCUGGACUUUCACCCAAAUGGGAACUGCUUUGCAUCGGGAAGUACGAAUUGCACAGUUAAGCUUUGGGACUUAAGGAUGAACCGUCUACUUCAACAUUAUGAUGAUCAUACCGGUCCAGUACAUAAAGUUGCUUGUCAUCCCAAUGGUCAUGUUCUGCUCUCUGCAUCUGAAGACUCAACACUGAAAAUAUUUGACCUCCUUGAGGGUCGUCCACUUUUUACACUUCAGGGACAUCAGGGACCUAUUACUGCAGCAGCAUUUUCUGCGUCCGGUGAUCAUUUUGCAUCUGGUGGGAGUGAUGAACAGGUGUUUUUAUGGCGCACGAAUGGGUGUGCUAGAAUGACUACUAAUAUUCCAGACAACAGUUCACAUCCAAUUCACACAACUUCUAAUCCUGAUGGUUCCAUAUCUCGGGACAAAUCUAUUCAAAUUAAUAGUCAUCUAAUAUGUCCUAAAUCUGAUCCUCAAGUAACGUCAAGUGAAGUGCAUGAAAAAGCGGAAAAACCAUCAUUCGCUACGUCUGAAGCUGCUGUCGACUUUCAUGAAACUACUAACAGUGGAGCACAGAACCCGACUACUUCCGUUAAGUGUCAUUUUCCGCCUGAUUUCCGUACCCACUCUGGUGUUAUCUCAUCAAUGACUUUACCAUUAACGUCAAAUAUGAAUUUUCUACAAGCUAAUUCGAAAACAGCAAGUGGUCUAGAAAGUGAACGCCAAAAUGUCCCACCACCACUAUCUACAACACUUGAACAUAUUGUUUCACAACUAGAUAUUUUAACUCAGACCGUUUCACUUUUGGAACAACGUCUCACUCUUCUGGAGAAUAAAUGAAAGAAUAGAGUUUAAAGUUGUGAACAUUGUUCUUCUGCAACUGGGUCAUAUCUAUUAAUGUGUCAGCUAAUUUUAUCAUUAAUUUUGAUGGUAUUGUAAUGAAUAAUGGAUUUAAAUUUGCUUGAAACUGUAUAUGCAAUUAUAAUUUUUUUGGAGAAACGUCAAACUUUAAUUUUUCGUAUUUGGAGCUUUACACUGUAUAUUUUGAAUUGAAUGUUAUUCUUACUUAAUUUACGAUAUCCAUUACAUAUUGUUCAUACUUUUAUCAAUACCGAUAUCUAUGACUAUAACAUAAGUUUACCUGUUCUUUCCUGUAGAUACAAUGAAAAAUUACAGUCAAAUUUUUUUUAUUUCUUUAGUUUUCAUCGUGAGUUCUCAUAUGUAGAAUGCUUUGGUCUGAUAGCCAGGUUUUUUGCACUUCAUAUUUAUUUCCG